UUGUUUUUGUGACGGGAAGACUGAUGGUUGACAAGGGUUUACAUGUUUUUCCCGCAGAAUAAGAAGAAGAAAACCACCAAAACUAUAGAAGGCAGAAAGUCGAAAUCUGUGAUUAAUAACCAAAAAUAGAAAAAAAGAAACUGAAAGUGGUGGACCUUUACCGAGCAGUGUCAUUCACAUAGUGCUGUGCCAUCGUCGGUCAAGCGCAGCCCACUUUUAACCAAAUUUGACGAAGUAGUGGUUUCAACUGCGAUCUACCAAAAUUUUCCAUGUGCAAAAAUUCUACAUAUUUCGAUAGAUUUUAAUUAGAAAAUAUGGCAAAUGAUGUGGAGAAUCCCACAGCUCCUGCUGUUGCUGCAGCCACGCCUGUAGAAGAGAAAAUGCCCGAAAGUUUAAACACAAAGUGCAGUGUAUGUCGUCUCAAUUUUAAAAGCGUACAAGAAUGUCUGAAACAUGAAUUGUUGGCCCAUAGUCUACAAAAGAAAAUCGCUGCCAAGUCAGGGGGUGGUGUGGAAAGUCGCAUAAAAGCCACCAACAAAUUUCUCAACUCCAAGGAUAAACAGGAGGAACGCACCAAACUUCACAAUGCUAUGGCCAAAUGUCACAAAGGUCAAGAACUAUCGGGCAUUUUAAAUUUACUAUGUAUGAAUGACGACAGUUUAGGCUUGAUAUUUACCCGCAUUCAAACAUGUCUCGAAAAGGAACUCAGUGUGCUGGGUGUAGUGAAAAUAUUUCCCUUUGGUUCAAUAGCAAGCCGAUUGGCAUUGAGAGAUAGUGACAUUGACAUUUUCUUGGAUGCUUCACAAAUACCAGCUAGAGAUCUAGGCCAAUCACCCAAGCAUCGUCGUCUAAAUCCAGAGGCCAUGGCAACAUCGCAACAGCGUGGUGCCUUCAAUCGCAUCAAUGCAGUUCUACAUCGUAGCCCUCUGUUUGUUGAUGUUUUCGCCAUACGUGCUGCCCGUGUGCCCAUUAUCAAGUGUAAACAUCGCGACACUGGUUUCAGUAUUGACAUCAAUAUCUCGUGUCCCAGCAGCCGUGAGAAUACCCAGUUCAUAAGUGAAUUGGUAAAAUCAGAUCGACGCAUACAUGAGCUGCUGGUCUUUCUAAAGUUGUGGGCCAAAAAUAUGCAAAUAAUCGGAAGGGCCAAUAUGACGAGUUAUUGCUUGAUAACCAUGGUUAUUUUCUAUCUGCAACAGGAGAAUAUACUCAAAUCCCUGCAGGCUCUGCAACAAAGAUGCCCAAUACGUAUGGUUCAAGGCGUAAACUAUACCUUUAAUUUACAAUCUAAGGUAAAUAGACCGAAAAUACCCCAGGGCCGCUCCACGGUGGAUCUUAUCAAAAGAUUUUUCCAAUUCUAUAGAGGCUAUAACUUUGAGGACAAUAUGAUUUCUCCGUUCUAUGGCAAAACCAUACCCAAGAAAGACUUUACCGUGCAAAAGUACAAGGACUAUUACAUCCAAAUGCUGACAAUCACUCAAUAUGAGGAAGGCAAACCUGCGGAGCCCAUACAACUGGAUCGUUGUAUGUGUGUACAGGACUCGUUUGUUUUGAAUCAUAAUGUUGCCCGUACCAUGCUGCCACCUAAUAAGAAAUAUUUUGUUAUAUGCCUGGAGAGUGCUGCCAAUAUAUGCGGCAACAUGACAAAGAAAACAGGUAUUGGAGAAACUCUAGAGAGGCUAUUGUAUGAGACCAUUGGCAUGCCAAAUCCCACAUUGGAGAAAGAAGUCGCUUUGGUGCUAAAACCUAUAGGUUCGAAUCCAGAAAGCAAUUCGGCGAAUGGCAAUUACGACAGCAGCCAGAGUCUAAGCCACUAUUUGUCACCGUCAAAGGCAGAUUUAAAUUCUAUUGCCACUGCCCAUCCCACAGUUACCGAUCCUACUGCCAUUUUGCGCCUUUGGUGUGAACAUUACGAGAGCGCAAUUCAAAAGAUGCUUUGUGAGUUCUAUCACAUGGAUCUACAGACCAAAGAUACUCCGCAAAAGCAAAAGCGUUUGGAUAACGAAGAAUUGGGUCACAGUUGGCAAAUUUCUGCCAGUGUCGAUCUCUGGUCCAAUCGUUUCUUUCAAAGGACACUGCAACAGACUUAUUGGGAAUAUCAAUUGGGACAAACCGAACGUUUGCUGGCAUUGCGUAGACAGGAUUCUAAUUUUGCUGUUCAGCUUAAUGCCGUCCUAAGUGUAAAAAUUAAAUCGGAUUAUACCAGUAUUUCGAUCAACGUUAGCCUGCCAGAUGGUGCGCCCAUAUCAAGCUUAACCAAAAAGGAUCCGUUGAGAAAAUUCUUCAAUGUUUUCCGCAAUACCAUACAAAACUAUUGUCUGAAAGAGGAAAUUUUGCCAGCAGAGAACACAGAUAAAUCGUUUAAAACGCAAACUUAGCUGAGCAAAAUAGGAAUUGAUGUGGAGGAAGAAAUUUGGAAGUUACACCAAAUGGAGCUAGUAUUGGAUUCGUAUUUGCUAAGUGAGUCUGAUACGUAGAAAUUAAGAUAUUUUCGUUUUAUUUCGGAUUUACUUUUCUCAUAUAACUACAAUAUUAUAUGUAAGAUCAUUUGACAUUUA